AAGUUAGUUGGGAAAUGAGGGACGGCCUGCUUGAGUGAGACUCUUAUUACUAUAACCGUAGGGUGGUGGGGAGCUGUAUAGAAAGAGACUGCUGCUUACUUAACCUCCUUCCUUCCUCGCCCUUAUCUUCCAAUCUUCUUACUCUUUCUGCAAAGAGAGAGAGAGAGAGAGAGAAGAGAUGGGGAAUUGUCAAGCCAUAGAUGCUGCGGCGUUGGUCAUACAGCAUCCAUGUGGGAGGAUAGAGAGGUUAUAUUGGCCUAUCCCGGCAAGCGAAGUGAUGAGAAUGAAUCCAGGUCAUUAUGUUUCUCUCAUCAUUCCGUUGCCUGAGCCCGAGGAAGAGAAGCAAGAUGAAAAGACCGUACGUUUCACCCGUGUUAAGCUUCUCCGGCAGAGCGAUACUCUUGCCCUUGGCCAUGCUUACCGGCUUAUCACUUCUCAAGAGGUCAUGAAAGUCUUGAAGGCAAAGAAAUAUGCAAAAAUGAAAAGGCAGCAGCUGGAUUCAAAUGAAAAGUUGCAGCAUGGACAAGAGAAUCAAAGUUCAGGACGUGAGCCAGGAGGAAAGUCUGACGCGGAGAAGACCUACCAAGUGAUAAAGCAUGAAAGACAACGCUCAAGGACAACACCCGUGAAUGCUGCUGCAUUAAGAUCAAAAUCAUGGCGGCCCUCCUUACAGAGCAUCUCUGAGGCUGGAAGCUGAUGAUGAUGUUUUCAGCUUUCAUUUGCAAGUUGCAAAUUGGCUUUUGAGAAUGGCAAACUGCCUCUUUCAUUUAAUGAUGCUCUUCAUGAUGAAACCCCAAAAUAUGGAAGAUAGAAAUUCACCAAAUGAAUGAAGGUAGCUACCAAGAUUUCUAAUUGCAAUCACAGCUCCCAAAUUGAAAUCUGUUUCAAGAAAUAAAACAUCUGUAUAGCUUCUGAGUUCAUAAGAGCACCAGAUUCUACAUUGUAUUACAAGAAACACUUUGAUAUGAAAUUAGGUCUUUCACUCAA